ACCAUCAAUUGAUGCAGCAACUCUGCUGCAUAUUUUUCUUGUAUUAGGUAAUAUAUGUACUGAAACUUUAACAACUCCCAAAAUUAGCAUGACAUCAAGGUGUUAAUGUGAAUUAAUAAUAAUGAACCAUAACAACUCCCAAAAUUAAUAUGACAUCAGAGUAUUAAUGUGCUUUUAUAGUUUUGUAUAUAGCCCACAACCCCAUCCCCACCAUAUACACACUCAUAAAAACAGAAAGCUUCCUUUAAACAAGAAACAAUACACACUAUUCGAUAACAGCAAAUGCCCUCAAAUGAAAUUUAAUUUAACACCCGUCAAAUGAAAUAUAAACAAAAUCACUUUUAUUGGUUUUUACUAUUUAUGUGUUUUUAAUCUUGAAUAAUAAAACAUUUUAGAUAUAAAUAAAAUGAGCAUUAUAAGUUACCAUAACAGUUACUUAGAAUCUGAUGAUAUUCAUUUGCUUAGCAACAAAGAAUGGCUUAAUGACAGAAUUAUAAGCUUUAUGUUUGAGUAUUUUGAACAUGAAAUGUUUAAUGAUUUAUCACAAGAAAUUGGUUUUGUAUCUCCUGAAGUUUCACAGUUUGUCAAACUUGUCAAAACAAGUGAAGAGGUUGCCAUCUUUCUUGAGCCAUUGGAGCUGAGUAAGAAGAAAUUGAUUUUCUUUGUAGUCAAUAACAAUGAGUCACCUUUAGCAUCUGGUGGAACACACUGGAGCCUUCUCGUAAUCUGGAAUGGAAUUUUUUAUCACUACGACAGCGCUCAUACAUUUAAUUUAAGAAAUGCUGAAAUUCUUGCGCAUAAAAUUUUUUCAUCAAUAGAAAGUAGCGCUUCUUUUCAAUUUGUUAAUGUAGAUUGUCCACAACAGUCGAAUAGUUACGAUUGUGGUAUUUAUGUAAUAGUAUAUUGUGAAAACCUGUGCCAAUCUUACAGACGAAACAAAUCUUUAGCUCUUACUGCGGAUUUUGAUGCCAUUUCUCAACGAAAGAAAAUUUUAUUAAUAGUAAAUUCUCUUAAAUAAAUUGUAAAUAAAUCAUUUUUUCAA